ACAAUAUUAGGUAUCGUGUGUAAAGUUUACAACUUUCAAUAUAAUAAUCGGUUAUAUAAUAGGGUUUGGUGAUAUUAAGUAUUAUUGUGAUCGCAAUUUAACGCCGCCUAAAUGAAAGUCUGUUAUUUAGACUUUCAGAAAAAUGAAGUAAUUGUGUUGACUACAGGACAGAAACAAAUUUAGGGCAAUCGAGGAUUAAUGAUCAAUUACUACCAUUUCUCUCAAGCUUUUGAUAGUGUAUGGAGGAUGGACCAUUGGCAUAAAUUGCUCGAAAAUUCCAUAAAUGAUAAAAGACUGUUUUUCUGAUGAUAAAUGAUGUACGUAUAGUCUGGGAAUAUUAUUUCAAAACACUUACGUCACUCAGUUAUAGCAUUUGUUGGGAAAAGAUAAAGAGCAGUGAUGGCGUGUUUGAUUCCUGAAAAUUGGCCUGUUCAAUAUAAUGAUGAAGACCCUGAAAACGGUAACGAGGCUGAAUAUAAAAAUGAUGGGCUUGAAGAUCGUAUUGUGAAAGAAAGUAAAAGUGCUAAACUGAAUGUCAUCGUAUGUUUCGUAAUUAAUCUCAUUGUACAAAUGCAUCUAUCCAUCGUUGACAUCUCAAUCACUGACACCGAUUUGCUAGAGACAUUAGACGUAGACACAACCGAAGCCAACAGUGCAAACAACAUCUACAAAAGUUUGACCAAUCUCUAUGCACCAUUAGCCCUGUAUCUAAUGUCAAAAUCAAGUUAUAGGACCACAGUAGCCGUCGGAUCGCUUUUGAUAUGUGUAGCAUUUGCAAAUAUAUCUUUCUUAAAUAACGGAUCUGAGGGAACUAUUAGCUGGUAUUGGCAAGUGUGGUUGUGUGGACCAGUUGCUUUAGGUGUGAGCUGCCUCAAACUCGGAGCAAUAAUUCCAGUACUGGAAUAUUUCAAACGUGACAGAAUGAAAGCUCUAGUUAUUACUAGGUUAGGUACCGUCAUUGGUGCUUCGGCGACCAUUGGUAUAAUGUUUGCAGAUAAUCUUAGCUGGAGAACAUUGUUGAGGAUAAAUGCAGGUUUAUGUGUACCAUGUUUGGCAAUAGCUUUUAUUCUAAAGGAUAUAGUUAUAACGGACAGAAUGAAAAAAGAAAAUGACAGGAAUGAUGAUACAGAUGAAAACAAGGGAGAUGAUGAGGAUGAAAAAGGGUGUAGUGGCAUCAUUAAGGAAUUUCUGAAAAAUACAUUUCGCAUUCCAGUACUCAAAGAUAAAACCUUUUGGAUCACGAUUGUUGUGUUUUUCUUCUUUAGUUUCGGAACAUCGCUUCCGACUUUCAGUUUGCCAGAAAUUUCAAGUCAAAUGCAGGAACAAUUGGCGCCGCCUGUAGAUUCAUUCUAUGAAGUAUUAUCAGCAAAUGUUGGCACGUUACUUGGGCUUAUCCUAACAUAUCUACUAAAAUCACUUCCAUGUGUAGAAAGGUAUAGGAACAGAAAGAGAAAUAUGGGUUUCGUGUUCUGCAUCAUCACAUUGUCUGGUUAUAUAAUGGCUAUCCUGUCUUUAGUAACACAGGAAAACUUUGUUUAUUACAUAAUCUACAUACUAGUCCUUACAAUUUUCGAAGUUCUGACAGAAAACUUCCGAGAUGAAUCAAUGCCGUCAGCCUUUGGACGCUUUAACAUUAGAUUAACACAAGGAUUUCUCCAAAUGAGUGUAGGCCUAGGUGGUUUAUCUGCAUCAGCUUUUCAAAACGGUAUCGAUAAAGCUGACAAUGACGGAGGCUGGAAACUGAACUUUAGAUUAGGUGGAGGAUUUUUGCUGAUAAGUGGAUCUAUAACAGGAGUUGUAUUAGCGUUUGAUUUUAUAUCAAAGAGAACAUUUCUCAGGCAUUCAUGUUUUGUAAAUAUAUUGACAGACGGGACAAUUACUAAACGAAAACCAGCACCAGCAAAAACGGGAAGCAAAUGCUGCACAUAUAUGUGUUGUAUAAAAUAUCAGACAAAAACAGAAAAAGAAGACGAAAAACCAGCCGAAUGCACUGAUUGUUGUGAUGGCUGUACCGAUUUUAAUUGCCCUCGAUGUUUGACACUGCCGUGCUGCUUGAAGAAGCGACCAAACGAUCGAACUGAAGAGCAGUCAUGUGCUUUACCUUGUGCUUGUUGCAAGGGAUUUUCACUUUCUUGUUUAUCAAUCUGUUGCCUGCCAAAGAAACAACAGAACGAAAAUAAGGACACAAAGCAAACAAAAUGUGAUUUCAAUUGUUGUAAGGCAUUUUCACCUACAUGUAUUCCAAAAUGUUCAUCAAUAGCAUGCCUAUCCAAGAAACGUUCUGAAUCUGAAAAGAAUGAAAAGGCCCAAACAGAUAUUGUGUGCAAGGGAUGUUCUCUUCCUAGUUUUCGAAACUGUUUUAAGCUGCCAUGCUCCUCAAAGAAACGACUAAAAUCUCAAAGUGGUGCUAGUCAACAAACAUCAAGAAAAGAGCCGUUAUGUUCAUCAAAAUGUAUCUCAAUGCCAUGUCUGGCGAGAAAAGAAUCAUAUUCUGAACACGAUGAAGAGGUUAGAAAUUCGACUGAAAAUGAAGGACGUUCUCCUGGAUUUCCUAAAUGUUUAAAGUUCCCAUGUACAUCAAAGGAGCAACCAAAGUCUCAAAAUAAACCAAAGCAACAUAGGCCAAGAAAAGAACUGUCAUGCACCCCAAAAUGUUUCUCAAUUCCAUGUGUAGUUAGAAAAAGAUCUAAUUCUAAUGUAGAUGAAGAGGCGAGAGAUUCAACUGAACAGGAAAACAAAGGGUGUACUCCUCCCAGUUUCCCUAAAUGUUUAGAUUUCUCAUGCACACCUAAGAAACGACAGAAAUUUGAAGAUGACACUAAAGUUAAUGAAACAAGAAAAGAAUUAAAAUCUGUAAGCGGAACUGAAACGAAACGUCAGAAGAGAAUAUUUCCCCUAUCGUGUUGUCUUAAUUUCCAAAUACCCGCAUGCCUGCCGUCGAAAAAGCCUAGAUCGGUUCUGAGUCAGUCAAUAGAAUCUGAUAUCGAAACUGAACAUAAUAAUCAAAACGUUCCUGAUCCUGUCAAUGACGAAUAUAAACAAAGCAAAUCUAAAUGCAAAGGUUUUACCCUUUCGAAAUGUUUUAAAUUCCCAACUAAGCAACAAUCGAGUCCCGAAAUCAAUACUUCACUGCAAGGAUCUAUUGAUCAUGAAACUGCCAUAGGUUAUGAAUCUAACAUAGAAUCUGAACCAAAAAGAUCUGUCAGUAAACCAUUAACCUUUUCAAAUUGUUUUAAGUUUCGAAACAUACAGUGUUUGAUACCAAAGUCGAGUUCUGAAAUGUCAUCAUCAGAUAGCAAUUCUACAGUUCGACAAUCUUCUUUACAGGACAAAAUAGAGAGUUCUACCUCAGAGUUGGGUCUUAAUGAAUCUAAAUAUAGAGGAUCAAUGCUUCAGAACAUGCAAUGCUUUUCUCAGGAAAGUCUAUCUUCGGAAAAUCAAACUGCACCUACAAGGAUUGAAGAUCACAUUGAAGAAUCUCCAAAACAAGAUAAAUCGGCAUGUAAAGGGAUGACGCUUUUAUGCUGUGGAGCAUUUCCAAUAAAAGAUGACAUGUCGUCAUAUGAAUCUAAUUUAGACAAUGUGACAUCAACAGACAGAACAGCAUUACAGAAUGACACUAAGCAAGACGAAAUGGCCAAGGAAGAAGAAGAUGAAAAUGUUCCUGAAGUUGAAAACUCAAAAAGAACAAUUACAUAUCAUAGUGAACACAAAUCUAGCUUCAACUGUUUUCAUGCUAUAUUAUGCCAAUCAAUUCCAAAUAAAGUUACACCUACAUCAAAUCAAUCUGAUAGCGUAUAUUCUUCAGCUAAAACACCAGGACCAUCUAGCAUCGAAACCUCACAGAACUUAAAUAUUCAACCCAGUUCAAGCAAAAAUGACGAUAAAUUCACUCAAUCAAAAACACCUGACCCACCAGCUAUGAGUGAUUCAACGACAAAAUGUAGUUUGUUUAAUUGCUGUCCUCAAUUUCAAAAGAAGCACGUCUAUUUAAAUUUUUCAGAAACAUCUUCAUUGUCCAAACAGCAAUCUAAUCAGAAAAAUACAGAAACAGAUAUUGAGACACUUUCAUCAAACAAUGACACAUCUGAAACAAGACCAGGAAAAGUGUCAACCCCAAAACCAAACUCAGAAUCAGAGCAAGUAAAUAAGGAUAAUUCUGGGGAUAAAGAAAACGAUAACACAUCUGUGGAUGAAGAUAACAAGAAUAAAUCUGGGGAUAAAGAUAACAAUAACAAAUCUGUGGAUAAAGAUAACAAGAAUACAUCUGGGGAUAAAGAAAACAAAUCUGUGGAUGGAGAUGAUAAGAAUAAAUUUGGGGAUAAAGAUAAAGAUAGAAAAUAUGUGGAUGGAGAUAACAAGAAUGGAUCUGGGGAUAUCGAUGACAAAAGUAAAUCUGAGGAUGAAAAUCAAGAUUUGCCAAGCGAUACCGAACAAAAUAACCUAACAUUAGAUGAAUCCGAUCUUUCUGAAAAGGAAUCACCUGAUACAGAAAAUGAAAAAGCACCUACCACAAACCCAAGUAAAGGAAACGGGGACAAAAAAGAACCAGAACCUGAUUUAACAGACGACCCAUUCUUAUUUUGUCAAAGACUUGAACGAGCAAAAGCUCCACCAACAAAGCCCAUUUAUCGAACUAAAAGACUUCAAUAUGAAGCAUCUCGAAUAAAAAGGAUGUCUCAAAAAAGCGAGAAAAUAUUGAAAUCACAAGAAGUUUCCCAAUCGGCUGACAAAAUAACGGACCAAAAUCCGAAAAGUUUACAUGGUAAAAAUUCUGAAGGACUUUUGGAUGACAAUACCAAACAUUACGCAGUUGACGAAUCUGAAUAUGAAAGAUCUCCAAUGAAAAAGAUGUCCCAAGAAGACGAAAAACCAAUAAAAACACGAGAAGGGUCGCAAUCAGCUGACGAAACUUUAAAGGAGCAACCUGAUGAUAUUGAAGAUGAAAUGAUUGCUGAUUGUCAAAGAUAUGAACGAGCACUUGCCCCUCCAUAUAAACACAUCUCUUUAAAUAGAAGGCUUCAAUAUGAAGCAAAACGGACAAAAGCCAACAAUGAAUAAUAAGAAAUUCUUAAAUUGUCUUCAUAUUUAAUGACAAGUUUGGAUAUUCAAAACUCAAGCAGAUUAUCUAACAUUGAUUGUGUGUAAUACUAAACUUAUCUUGACAAACGCUUUAUCAAAGGCUUACCAUAUGUGUUGAAUUCAGUGUUCAAACAUACCGUUAUGUAAAAGUUGACGUUUAAAUAGUUAAGAUUUAUAUCGAGACCUACAUUUGUUUUGGUUUCAAAUUAGACUAGUGUAAUAUGCUUAAGACUAGUAUCGACUACCAUGUGAGUAAAAUAAACACUUUAAUGUAUAUAUAACAGAACAAAACCAGAAGUUUUACGUUUAUUGUAUCAAAUCUUCUACAUAUAUCUUGUUGCUAAAAUGUAUUUGUGAACUAAAUAUUAUCUUUCGCUGUAAAAAGAUUGUUUGCGAUUUCUUGAUACUGGUGUACGUGUAUAGUCUUGAAUAGUUAUUUAAACCUCAUUCUAUUAUAAUUGCUUUUUAAUGUUACGUUUUUCUUUCUUACUUGUAUACUCAUACGUAAUAUACUUGUGUAUUUAUAUAUAAUAUCUGUAAAAUAAAUAUUUAACCAGUCUUUUAAGUUG